AUGUGUUACGUCACGCAGCGUGCCAUAUCUGAUAGCAGUGCGGCCAACUUUAGAACACGCUCCCACAAACCGGCGUCGGCCAUGUGUGCAACCGCGCGAAGGACGAAACCGUUCACGCCGACUGCGAGCCCCGAGCGGACACAUGAUACAUUUAAAAUCGCCCACUCUACGCCGACACGGUCCGCCGAAAUCCAACACUGGAUUACAAACGCCGCCCCAAACCCCGCGAAGCCG